GGACGCUGCCAGUCUUGGGCGGCGGUGUCCGGCGCGCGGGCAGCCUGCUGGGCGGGCUGCGGGGUGAACGGCGUGCUGAAGAGACGGAGCCGGUUUCCUACUUAGAAAAGACAAUGACUACUGAUGAGGGUGCCAAGAACAAUGGAGAAAACCCAGCAGCCACUAUUGCUGAACAGGGAGAGGACAUUACCUCCAAAAAAGACAGAGGAGUGUUAAAGAUUGUCAAGAGAGCAGGGAACAGUGAAGAGAUGCCAAUGAUUGGUGACAAAGUUUAUGUCCAUUACAAAGGAAAAUUGUCCAAUGGAAAGAAGUUUGAUUCCAGUCAUGAUAGAAAUGAACCAUUUGUUUUUAGUCUUGGCAAAGGCCAGGUUAUCAAGGCCUGGGACAUUGGGGUGGCCACCAUGAAGAAAGGAGAGAUCUGCCACUUGCUGUGCAAACCAGAAUAUGCAUAUGGCUCUGCUGGGAGUCUACCUAAGAUCCCCUCCAAUGCCACUCUCUUCUUUGAGAUCGAGCUCCUUGAUUUCAAGGGAGAGGAUUUAUUUGAAGAUGCAGGCAUUAUCCGUAGAAUCAAGCGAAAAGGUGAGGGAUACUCAAACCCAAAUGAAGGAGCAACAGUAGAAAUCCACCUGGAAGGCCGCUGUGGUGGAAGGAUGUUUGAUUGCAGAGAUGUGGUAUUCACUGUUGGUGAAGGAGAAGACCAUGACAUUCCAAUUGGAAUUGACAAAGCCCUGGAGAAAAUGCAGAGGGAAGAACAGUGUAUUUUAUAUCUUGGACCACGAUAUGGUUUUGGAGAGGCAGGGAAGCCUAAAUUUGGCAUUGAACCUAAUGCUGAGCUUAUAUAUGAAGUUACACUUAAGAGCUUCGAAAAGGCCAAAGAAUCCUGGGAGAUGGACACCAAAGAAAAACUGGAACAGGCUGCCAUUGUCAAAGAGAAGGGAACUGUAUACUUCAAGGGAGGCAAGUACAUGCAGGCAGUGAUUCAGUACGGGAAGAUAGUAUCCUGGCUGGAGAUGGAGUACGGCUUAUCUGAGAAGGAAUCGAAAGCCUCUGAAUCGUUCCUGCUCGCUGCCUUCCUGAACCUGGCCAUGUGCUACCUGAAGCUCAGAGAAUACGCCAAGGCUGUGGAGUGCUGUGACAAGGCCCUCGGACUAGACAGUGCCAAUGAGAAAGGCUUAUACAGAAGGGGUGAAGCCCAGCUGCUCAUGAACGAAUUUGAAUCAGCCAAGGGUGACUUUGAGAAAGUGCUGGAAGUAAAUCCUCAGAACAAGGCCGCGAGACUGCAGAUCUCCAUGUGCCAGAAGAAGGCAAAGGAGCACAAUGAGCGGGACCGCAGGAUAUACGCCAACAUGUUUAAGAAGUUUGCGGAGCAGGAUGCAAAGGAAGAGGCCAGUAAAGCAGUAAGCAAGACUUUGGCGGGGGUUCCCAAUGAGAAACGAACAGAAAGCCAAGUGAUGGAUGAAGAGAAAGCCGAAGGCCAUGUAUGACACCACGGCCCGGAGGGAGGAGAGUCCUGGCGCUCGCCCUCCUCGCUGGGCUGUCACCCCUCAGGACUGAACAGUCUUAGUGUAAAGUUUGUUAUAGUCUAUGUGAUUCUGGAAGCAAAUGGCAAAACCAGUAGCUUCCCCAAAACCACCACCCUGCUGCUGCCCAGUGGGUUCAUGGAGAGGGUGGCAAGGGACCACUCCACGUGGAACAGAACAGAAAGAGCUGUUGGUGCAAAGAGUGUGAGCCAACAGUGUGCAUCGGCUCAUUUCACUAGCCAAGCAGUAUCCUCUGGGAUGAGUCUAGCAAUCUGGGGCUGUUAGAUUUUACAUUCAAACUUUAAUAGCACUGCAGAAACCUACAAAGAAUAAUAAUAAACAAAAACCCUUA